AAAUAAUCACCAACAGCACUGUACCUGAAUCUCCACCUACAUCCCUCUUUCCUGCCAAACGCAAUAUACCUAUAGAAAAUCUGAUCCGUUCAAUAAGUGAGACCCAGUAUAAAUAUCUCCUAUUAUGAAAAUCAAGCUGAUCCACCCAUUAGACAGACCACAUAUAAUUUUGAGCCAUCAGUGGCAUGGCCCACCUGAUGGUUGCUCCAUCUUAGCUGUCUUCCUCCAUUUUGGGUUACAUUGACCCUCAAGAAAAGCCAACAGAUUACCCUUGAAAUGUGAUUAAGCUGUCAAAGAAUCUCCUUAUUAUCAAGUAAAGCAUUCCUCUCUCUCUCUCUCUCUCUCUCUCUCUCUCUAUACAUCUUUACCAAAAGAAAGAACCUUUCACACAUACAAAAGUUCUCUAUUCCCUUCCCAUCUCUUCUUUUCACCAAAUCAUCCAAAAAAAUGCCGAAAAUUCGCGUUGAAAUCUGCCUGAUCUCAGCCCGCGGCCUCCGCCGUUCAUCAUCGCUCUGGAAACUCCAAUGGUUUGCUGUUGGAUGGAUCGAUUCCGAUCAGAAAUACUGUUCCAAGAUCGACAGCUCAGGAAGCUCCAACCCCACAUGGAAAACCAAGUUCGCUGCUUUGAUCGAUGAAUCUCAUCCGAAUUUGCAUGGUUUGUCACUUCACGUGGAAGUUUAUAGUAGAGAGCCGAUUUUCCUAAGAGAAAAGCUUCAUGGGAUCGCAACCGUCAGUUUGAAAGAGUUCUUUGUGAAGUUCGCCACGAUUUCAGAUGGCCCACGAUCGGACGUUGAAGAGGUAGGUAGCUUCCAGCUACGAAAGAAGAAAUCCGGCAAGCCUCGGGGAUUUGUCGAUGUCUCUGUUCGGGUGUUGGAAGAGGGAGAUGGUGUUUCUUCAUACUCAGGUAAGGAGGAAGGAGGAUUUCAGCUCUCAGAUCAUAAAACUAACUUUUCUGUACCUAUAGAAAGUGGGCCACUUCCAUCCUAUCCAACAGCCCGACCAUAUCAACCGUCCAAUAGUGGGCCACUUCCAUCCUACCCAACAGCCCAACCAUAUCGACCGUCCAUCGGUCGGAUAGAAAAUUACCCACCAAAUAGUUUUCCCUAUGCUCAACCAACACCUUAUGCUCAACCGACACCAUUUCCGGCGAACUACUCGAAUCCAACCACUCCCGGAACAAGUUAUCGACCGCCUCGCACUCCGCCGCCGCCGCCGCCUCCUUCAAAUGUCGGCUUUCUACCUACAUUUCUUCCAGGAACAGGCCAAUUGCCGCCGGAUCACUACAUGAACAUGCCAUCAUCUAAUGCUGCCGGACGCGCUGGCGGGCCCGGUUUCGGAAUGGGAGUCGGCGCCGGAGCACUGGCAGCUGGUGCAGUGAUCUUCGGCGAUGAUUUUAUGUCAGGUUUCGAUUUCCCGGCGGGCCUCCAAGGUGGUAGUCUUACUAUAUCGACUGAUCCUCCAUUUUAGUAUUAUGUAAUUAUCCACUCUAAUGCCAUCCAGAUAUUGUCUAAUCAUUACAAGAUUAUGGUUGUGAUUAUUGUAAUACCAUGGCAUUAAUAAGUACAAUGGAAGUUUGUUUCGAUUG